ACAAGAAGUAUAACCGGCUUUACUAACUAUACUCAACGAUAAAACUGUUCAUACGUUCGGGUCAAGCUAUCAGUAACAAACUGGCCGUCCUGUAGUUUGAGCAAAAUAUCUUCUUCUUCUUCUUCUUCUUCUUCUUCUUCUUCUUCUUCUUCUUCUUCUUAAUCAUCGUCAUUCUUUUUUCAUCUAUUCGAUUCAUCGAAUUGUUUGGUAAAGCCUUUCAUUAGAAAUACAUAUAUCGACUUCACUAUUCGGACAUACGAUCGUAUGUAAGGUCUAAAAAGAAAGUAAGCAAACAGACGUGCUAAGGAUUUAUAUUAGAAUUCUAACCAAACGAAUACUGGGAAAUAGCACAAAAAACAUGUCAAAGAUCACUUUGUACUCGCAACUAAUUAGUCCACCUUGUCGUGCCGUACUUAUGGUAGGAGAAGCCAUUGGCAUUGAUUUUGACAUCCACGAAAUCAAUUUAUUCAAUUAUGAUCAACAAAAAGAGGAUUUUGUUAAAUUGAAUCCCCAGCAUACUAUUCCAACUAUUCAGGAUAAUGAUUUUAUAUUGUGGGAUAGUCACGUUAUCGCUGUUUACUUAAUUGAGAAAUAUGCUGCUGAUGAUUCUCUUUAUCCUAAAGACCUUCAGCUGAGAGCAACGUUAUGGCAACGUCUUAUCUUCGAUGCCUCGGUCCUUUUCCAUGUUCUUAAAAGAAUUUUUAAAUCCAUAAAGUUGGGAUCAGAGAAAACAAUUUCAAAAUUGCUAAUGGACGAACUCGAAGAAGCCUUGGGAUUUUUCGAAAAGCUUUUGGAAGGUAAACAAUGGUUGGUCGGGGAUUCUUACACGAUUGCCGAUAUUUGCAACGUCAGCACGGUCUCCUCAUUGACCGUUAUUGUGCAAUGGGACAAGUAUCCGAAUAUUCAAGCUUGGCUGAAACGAUGCGAGGAACAAUUGCCGGGCUAUGAAAAAUAUAAUGUACCAGGAAGCAAGCAAGUUAAUGAAAUAUUCCAACAGAAACUCAUGAACGCGUGUUUAAACCUUCCUUUUGCUAUGAGUCUUAAAACGUUCGUUAACAAAUCUGUUCCGACGCUGUACAUGACCGAAUUAUCUCCACCUGUUAGAUCGGUCUUAAUGACGGCUUAUAUAAUCGGUCUUCCCUUAUAUAAGAAAGAAGUAAAUUUAAUUUCAGGCGAGCAACGAACAGCGGCAUAUUUAAAGAUGAAUCCACAAGGAACGGUACCAUUAUUGCAAGACAAGGAUUACUAUGUAUGGGAUAGUCACGCGAUAUCAGGAUACUUGGUACAUGAGUACGGAAAAUCCGACUCGCUUUAUCCGAAGGAUUCGAGAAAACGUGCUAUGGUCGAUCAAAGAUUGCAUUUCGAUACGGGAACCCUUUAUCCAGAAUUUAGAAAUGUCGUGUACCCGGUUAUCGCUGGGGAGAAGAUUAUUACGAAAGAGAAAAUAAAUCGUGUGGAGAACGUUUACAAGACAUUCGAUUCGAUUUUGGCGAAUGCCAAGACGAAGUGGCUCGCCGGAGACACGAUUACUAUAGCCGAUCUCUGCAACGUUGCGACGCUCUCCACUUUGGAGCUGUUUGUGCCACCAACGGGAAAAUAUCACCAUCUGGAAAAUUGGUUUGGAUCGUGCAAGAAGGAGAUACCCGGUUACGAGGAAGUGAAUCAGCAGGGUCUCGACAAGCUCGUAAACUACGUGAAGAUUCUUUUAACAAAAUAAUAAGAACUGCUGGGCGUUUUCUGAAUAAAACAUACAAUCAGUUUCCAUUUUAUCGACGAUCGUGCAACGUAUAUACAUACGUUACAAGAUAAAAGAUUCUCUUUUGCGUGAAGGGCGUUCAUCGUGGGAAUUAGUCAAUUAUUGUUUGAAAGUCUUCUGAGAAGUCGGUUAACGCGUCGCGAUUAAUUGUUUAGCAUUCUCAUUCUCUCGUCACGAUUCUUUACCGAUAUAUCGAAUCCAUACAAAUACUCUUGGAAAGACCUUUCAAAUGCAUUUUCAAAUACGUAAAUAAGAUUUAACGAAGCAUCAAAUUACUCGUUAACUUGUCCUUUAUUGAGCCGAGUCGGAUCAGGAAUCAAAUUAAAUCUUGAGUUUUAAACAUUUUACGCGGUUAUUGCGUCGACAUCUUGAAACCUAGCUCUUGUAAUUUGAAGCGAAUGUUGCGUUUUUCCUUUUUUAGAAUUUUCUUAACGAGAUAGAGAGAGAGAGAGAGAGAGAAAGAGAGAGACAAAGAGAGAGAGAGAGAGAGAGACAGAGAGAGAGAGAGAGACAAAGAGAGAGAGAGAGAGAGACAGAGAGAGAGAGAGAGAGAGAGAGAGAGAGAUAGCUGACCUGGUUUUGCGGUUUCUCUCUUUCUCUCUUCUUGUCACUAUAUAUCGUCGUUUCUUUUUUCUAAAUCGAAGUGGGUCAUGGAAAUAGAAUUGGCUGUUUCCAAACUUCGUGAUGGUUACUUUCAUUCAAGUUAUUCUUCAACGAACUGAAUCAAUAUAAUCUUAAUUAUCGUUACAAGCAAGAAAAUCAUUUUUCAUUGAAAAGAUCACGCUGGCAUUUCACUUGAAGGAUAACUGCGAGUAAAAAUUUGCCGUAUAAACUGAUAUAAAUUUUUUUAUAGAUAGACAUCAUUCUCAUUUUACUACGUAGUUCGGCUGCAGGGCCUUGCCGAACAGGUCCUUUCGUUCUUUUUUUUUUUUUUUUUAAUUCCUGUUUUAAAUACC